CAUCAAGGAAAGCUCACGGCGGCCUCCAGCUGAGCGAGGCGCCCGCGGUGAUGCUGGCCAUGCGGCCGAGGGACGACCCGCUGGAGAGCAUCCUGUACAUCACCUCCGUGGGCGUUCCGUCCUCCGUGUACGAGACGGUGCGGUCCCUGCGGCAGAUCCGCGGGCAGCGUCUAGGGGCGGUGCAGCGCAAGAUGCCGCCCAUCCAGAUCAUCCUGCUGUGGGUGCUGGGGCUGAGCCUCGUGGUCGGCUCGCCCCUGCUCAUCCUGGACGUGCCCGGCGCGGCCACGGCGGUGGCGUUCCGCUCGUGGUUCUCCGUCCUCGCCGGCGCCGUUGUCAUGACGAUGCGAGUCAUCCACGAGCUGUGGACUCCACUGGGCGGCGCCUACAACGUGGACGGCGUCCUCAAGGU